AUGGCUGCGUGCAUUAGUUUCUUGGUCUUUAAUAUGAUUUCAGUUUUAAUAAUUCAGAUAUUAAUUACUCCAAGUCAUGCUGCGCCCUUAUUAGAAGAAUUAUUUUUUGAAAUGAGAGAAGAAUCUGGAUCAAGUUUAGAUUUUGAACUAGGAGAAUACUUUGAAGGAGAUAUGAUCCUAAUGUCGCGACAGAAACAAGCAGUUUUAGCGGCGGAGAAAAACCGCAACGGACUUAUAGACGGUGUCAAGCGAUGGCCAGCGCGUACCGUUGUUUAUCAGAUCGAAGAUAAUGAUUUUGAUGAAGAACAGGUGAAAAUUAUAGAAGCUGCUAUGGACGACAUCGCUAAUAAGUCCUGUAUUAUGUUUAGACCUAAAGAAAAAGACGAGCACGCAGUCUUGAUUAAGGGUUCGGCAGACGGUUGCUUCUCUAAUGUAGGUUAUAGCAGUGCUAGCGAAGAUGACGAUGAAGUGGACCAAGUGUUGAAUCUAUCCAAGGGUUGCUUUCGGCACGGCACUGUGGUACAUGAGAUGCUUCACACCCUUGGUUUCUAUCAUAUGCAAAGCACUUACAAUAGAGACGAUUUUGUAAAGAUUAUUUGGGAAAAUAUAAAAACAGGCAAGGAGCACAAUUUUGCAAAGUACACCAAUAACACCGUGACUGAUUUCGGUGUAGCUUACGACUAUAAUAGCGUAAUGCACUACCCUGAAAAGGCUUUUUCAAAAAAUGGAAAUAAAACUAUAAUCCCGUUACAGGAUGAUGCAAAGAUCGGUCAAAGAGUAGGAAUGUCCGAAGGUGACAUAAUUAAAUUGAAAAAAAUGUAUUGCGAGUCGGAAAAAUGA